GCUCCACUACAGUCACCCCAGUCCAGUCAGCUGAGCAGCAUGCAGUGUCUGCUCCCACACUGACCUGUACACACACUCUGAGCAGAGACAGCAUGAGUACAGUGUCUGAGCCUCUUGUUGGCAGCAGCAGGUCUCUGUCUGCAGCCAAGAGGCACAAAAGUAUCAGGAAGAACUCCAGAAGGAUUUAUUCAGCCUACCAGGACCACCAGCAAGGCUCCUCAGAUGAUGAAGAUAAAGAGGAUGAGCGGGUGGACAGCAACGACCCAGAGGAGAUGUUCCAGAACAUUCAGUACCAGAAGGAGAUCAUUGCCAACAUUCGGACCAGACCCUGGCCAAUGAGACGCAAGCUCAAAGUCUUAAAGUACCAAGUGCAGGCCAGAGAGAUCGUUCUGAAGUAUGAGGGCCGACUCACCAGAACCAGAGGCUACCAGACUGCAGGAGCUGAUCUGCUGAAGAAACUUUCACGUGUACUUUACAACAUCGUGGUUCUGUUCAUUCCCUGGGAAGUGAGGAUCAAGAAAAUUGAAAGUCACUUUGGGUCGGGCGUGGCCUCCUACUUUAUCUUCCUCCGCUGGUUGUUUGGGAUCAACAUCGUCCUCACCAUCAUGACUGGAGCCUUCAUCGUCUUACCAGAGCUGCUGGCUGGAGCUCCUUUUGGAACAACGAGGAGUAAAACUAUACCCAAGGAGCAUCUGGCUUCAGCCCAGGACCUGGACACCAUCUGGUCUCUUGGGGGCUACCUGCAGUACUCUGUGUUAUUCUAUGGUUACUAUGGCAGGCUGAGGAAAAUUGGCAGUGCAGGGUACCGGUUGCCCCUCGCCUACUUCCUGGUUGGGAUGGCUGUCUUUGCCUACAGUUUCAUCAUCCUUUUAAGAAAAAUGGCCAAGAACUCUCGUCUGAGCCUGGCCAGUGCCUCCGAUGAGAACUUCACGUUCUGCUGGAGAGUUUUCUGUGCCUGGGAUUACCUGAUAGGAAACCCAGAGGCCGCAGAGAGCAAAGGGGCUGCCAUUGUCAACAACAUCAGGGAAGCCAUCGUUGAGGAGCAGGAAAAGAAGAAGGAUAUCAGUCUGGCAGUUCUGAUCAGUCUGCGUAUCUUAGCCAACAUCCUGGUGCUGCUGUCUCUGGCUGGCAGCAUCUACAUCAUCUACUUUGUGGUGGAUCGUUCUCAGAAGCUAGAGCAGGAAAAGCCGGAGCUGACGCUUUGGGAGAAGAAUGAGGUGAGUGUGGUGGUUUCUCUCAUCACCAUGAUUGCUCCGUCUGCUUUUGAGCUGGUGUCUCAGCUCGAGAUGUACCACCCACGAACCUCGCUGCGUUUCCAGCUGGCCAGAGUGCUUGUUUUGUACCUGGGGAAUCUCUACAGCCUAAUUAUUGCCCUCCUUGAUAAGGUCAACAUUAUGAGCUCUGCUGUCCCAGUGAGUCCAGUUAACUGGUCUGACUCCAGCUCCUUCCUGGCCACCAUCUCUCAGCCUGACAGCUUCUCCACCCUGAUUUCUGAGAUCUCUGUCUCUGAGCAUCGCAACAGCACCAUAGCGACCAUUGCCACACUGCUGGACGUUAGGAACACCAGCACAAGCAGCUCAGGGACCAUCUUCAACCAGACAGCUCUGUUUGAGAAGAACACCCGCUCUCAGCAGGAGCAAUGCUGGGAGACCUAUGUUGGACAGGAGAUGCUGAAGCUGUCCAUCAUUGACAUGAUCUUCACGGUGGCCAGCAUCCUGCUCAUUGACUUCAUCAGAGGUUUGGUGGUUCGCUACCUGAGUGACUGCUGCUGCUGGGAUUUAGAGAGCAAGUUUCCUGAAUAUGGAGAAUUCAAAAUAGCAGAGAAUGUUUUGCAUCUGAUUUACAACCAAGGGAUGAUCUGGAUGGGAGCAUUUUUCUCUCCCUGUCUUCCUGCCUUCAACGUGUUGAAGCUGAUUGGUCUUAUGUAUCUGAGGAGCUGGGCCGUCCUCACCUGUAAUGUUCCCCAUCAGCAGGUGUUCCGAGCCUCCAGAUCAAACAAUUUCUACUUGGCUAUGCUGCUUUUUAUGCUGUUUCUGUGUAUGCUGCCCACCGUCUUUGCCAUAGUGAGGUACAGACCGUCACAGCACUGUGGACCAUUCAGUGGUCAAGAGAAGAUAUAUGACAUCAUCUCUGAGACAGUGGCCAGUGACUUCCCCCUGUGGUUCAGUAAAGUGAUGAGUUACGUCACUAGCCCUGUCGUAGUGCUGCCAGCACUGUUGCUGCUGUUCAUGCUGAUAUACUAUCUCCAGGCCAUUGCCAGAUCCCUCAAAUUCACCAACAACCAGCUGAGGAUGCAGCUCCAGACUGAGCGGACCGAGGACAAGAAGAAAGUCUUCCAGCUGGCUGCAGCGAGAUUACAGGCUCCAGAGGCUGUGGCUGACCAAAAGCCGGAUCAGCAGGAGAGUGACAUCACGAGCCAGGAGGCCUCCAUUCACACUCCAUCUCCCCGACGGAACGGCAGCGUUACAAAUUUUAGUUCUCCUGUUCGUCAUGGAAACAGCAUCCGCACGAUCACCCAAUCAGCUUCUAGGGCGGACCUGAACAGAGGAAGUGUGGCUGGAUCAGUCAGAAGUCCAACAGUGACCAUACUGCCUAAACACAGGCCGGAGCACAUACCCAACAGGCCCCCACCCUUUCUUGGUGGCCCUAGUGGUACCUGCAGGUCCAAAUCCUACCACCAAGUGGCAUAUAAUCUACCAGCUCGCUAUUCUGACAACAUCCACUCUGACCCCCUGUACAGGAAGGCCAUACGCUCCAUACAUCCAGUCGAGGCUGCCGGGAUCAUCACUGCACAGAGUUAUGGAGGACGGCGCGGUCACACCACCCGCUAUGUGAUUGUCAAUGAGCCCAGGAAGAAACUGCUGCGCUCAUCCACACGGAUCCCACGCCAUUACCUCAUGGAGGAGCCUGCAGAGAUCCUCGAGUUGUACCCACGCAACAUCAAACGCUACACACCCCGCAACGCUCACCACCAACCACAUCCUCACCGGUCCAACCCAUCGCAUCAGCAUCUGAGUGAAGAGGAAGAGGAGGAGGAAGAGGGAAAAGGCAGGAGAAGGAUGGCGUCAAAGGCUCAUCGGCCCCGGUCCCUCUCUGACCUUCACCAGCCGCCACACUUCUACAUUGGGGACCGUGUAGAGGGCCACGUGUCUGUGGUUAAAGGCGGUCACACUCGAGCUCGGGGCAGAUAUGGAGUGCAAGGAGAGGGUGAAGGGGAGGAUGGUGAAGGAGAAAUGGACUGGGGAGAUUUAGAGUCAAACUCCCGGGCCCAGGCCAAUGUGAGAGGAGCAGACUCGCUCCUUGUACGAACCAGGCGUCACAUCCAUUCCCCAGGAAGACAUUGUCAGUCCCCGGCCAGGACCAGGCACAUGGAGUGUUUUGUGAAGCCCAAGACCAGACCAAAGCUAGAGACCCCUCUGACCGAGUCAGACUCAGCUUCCCUGGCCUCCAGCAGCGACCAGCAAAACAGCAGCACUGACCAGUACAUUCAGGUCAUCCACAACAAGGAACACCAUCUCAAGACUGAUGCCGGGCAAGGGAAGCUGGCCAAAAAGAAGUCCAAAACCAGCUUUGAUCUAAAUGUCAUUGAAUCAAAUGACCUUGUCUGCUCAAAUGUAUGACAUCUUUGCUAAAAUGAUGUAUUCUGUUAAAAUGUGUCUCGGAAAAUCAAAGAUAUAUACACUACUAGUGGUUAAAAGGGUACAAUGAUUUGAAAGCACAACAAGAAUAUUAUCAUAAAUGUGAUAUUUUCUUCUUCUCCGAUGUGUGUCCAUGUACAUCAGAUAAUUAAAUGGGUUGUUGUAGCAUUGUGUAUAACAAUCAAACCAUACUGCACUGAAGCUAUAACAGCUAUGGAACACACCGUUGACAUAACACCUGCUUCCCAUCCAAUCACAAUAGAAUCGAUAAUCAUUUUUCAUUGAUCCGUCCUGCACAUUGACUAAGCAGCAUUUCGGAUGGAAUGACAUGAACACUACAAUUCCCAGCUUGCUCUGCUGCAACAUACGAGGACUCCAGCUGCAGGUGCAUGAUGCCAUCAAGAUUACGAGAAAGAGUCGGGGAUUUUUGCCUUCAAAAUAAGAUACUUGGUACUUUUCGCUUACGUAAAUGUUUUGCUGUGUUAAAAAACAAU